UGAAACACGCAUUUAUAGUGCACCAAAAUUGUCUUCCUCUCUACUCCAUGGGCAUGGCCAACCCGAUCUCUCUCCCUCUAUAUGAAAAAAUCCCACACAAAAAUACUUUACAAAGAGCCUUUGAUACCUUAAUCUUUCUCCUUCUCCUUUCUCUCCUUAUUUAUCGUCUCCUCUUCCUCAACAAUCAUGGUCUCACUUGGCUCGUUGCUUUUCUAUGCGAGUCAUGGUUCACCUUCACUUGGGUUCUAAUCAUCAGCUCCAAAUGGAAUCCCGUAGAAAAUAAAACGUACCCAGACCGCCUCUUGCAACGGGUACCUGAGCUUCCAUCAGUGGACAUGUUUGUGACAACUGCAGACCCUGUGCUAGAACCACCAAUAAUCACGGUAAACACCGUGCUCUCUUUGUUGGCAAUUGAUUAUCCAUCUCACAAGCUAGCUUGCUACGUAUCGGAUGACGGUUGUUCUCCAAUCACUUACUACUCUCUUGUGGAAGCCUCAAAGUUUGCAAAGCUUUGGGUUCCAUUUUGUAAGAAGUACAAUAUUCAUGUUAGAGCCCCCUUUAGAUACUUUUCCACUAACCCCCAAACGCUUGGUGGUAGUUCAAGUGAUUUUCAACAGGAAUGGAAAAGAAUGAAGGAUGAAUAUGAACGACUAAGCUGCAAAAUUGAGGAUGCCGUCCACAAGUCAGUGCCAUGUGAUCUUAGUGGGGACUUUGCAGAAUUCUCUAAUGUAGAACGCAAAAACCAUCCAGCUAUUAUCAAGGUAAUAUGGGAGAACAAGACAGGUCUUCUAGGUGGAUUGCCACACUUGAUCUAUAUAUCAAGGGAGAAGCAGCCAAAGCAUCCACAUCAUUAUAAAGCAGGAGCCAUGAAUGUUCUAGCCAGGGUCUCUGGUUUGAUGACAAAUGCUCCUUACAUGCUGAACGUAGACUGUGAUAUGUUUGUCAACAAUCCUAAAGCUGCUCUUCAUGCAAUGUGCUUGUUAUUGAGUCCCAACAGUGAAAAAGAAAUCGCAUAUGCUCAAUUUCCUCAAGUGUUCUAUGAUGGAUUAAAGGAUGAUCCAUAUGCCAAUCAGUUCGUGAUUUUUUAUGAAUAUCUGGGGCGUGGAAUAGCAGGACUUCAAGGACCUUUAUAUGGUGGAACAGGAUGCUUUCAUAGAAGGAAAGUUAUCUAUAGUCUAUCCCCAAAUAAUGUAGAUCCAGUAAAUGAAAAAUUAAUUGAAUCUAUUCUCUUAAAUUUUGGGAGUUCAACCGAGCUGAUCAAUUCAGCUGCUAAAGCUUUGAAAGGGAAGACAAAUACAGUGGCCAAUCUUCGAAAUUCUAUUCAUGCGGCAAACCAAGUCUCUAGUUCCUGUUACGAGUAUGGAACAAGUUGGGGCACAACGGUGGGCUGGAGAUAUGGAUCGACAACAGAGGAUAUUCACACAGGACUAAUGAUCCAUAAAAGAGGUUGGAGAUCCAUAUUCUGUACACCGCAUCCACCAGCCUUUUUAGGGUGCGCACCUUCAGGUGGACCUGCUGCAGCGACACAAUUGAAGAGGUGGGCCACAGGCCUGCUUGAAAUUCUUUUCAGCAAAAGUUGUCCCUUAUUUGCCACACUCUUUGGAAAGCUUCAAUUUAGGCAAUGCCUAGCCUAUCUUUGGAUCCUCACGUGGGGCAUGCGCCCUGUUUUUGAGCUAUGCUAUGCUGCUCUGCCAGCGUAUUGUAUCAUUACCAACUCUCACUUCUUGCCCAAGGUUCAAGAACCGACAUUAUAUAUAUUAGUUGCAAUCUUCGUCAUUUACAACAUAUCCACUUUAUCCGAGUAUCUACGAGCCGGCGAGUCAAUUCGAGCUUGGUGGAAUAACCAAAGAAUGUCAAGAAUAAACACAAUGAAUGCAUGGUUAUUCGGAUUUCUAAGUGUCAUACUCAAGCUCUUAGGAAUAUCUGAGACAGUCUUUGAAGUAACACAAAAAGACCAAUCUAAUGAUGAUGCCAAUGAUGUUGAAGCUGGAAGGUUCACCUUCGAUGGGUCCCCAAUUUUCCUCCCAGGUACAACCAUUUUACUGGUGCACCUAACUGCGUUGGUUGUGACUUUGUUAAAGUGGCAACCACCACCUAGUGAUGGGCAUGGGUCAGGGCUAGGGGAGGUCUUCUGCAGUGUGUAUUUGGUGAUAUGGUUCUGGCCAUUUUUGAAGGGUUUAGUUGGGAAAGGAAGACAUGGAAUUCCCUUAUCCACCAUAUGGAAGUCAGCUGCUUUGGCAUUACUUUUUGUGCACUUGUGCAGAAGGACUACAAUGGAUUGA